GUGCUAGAAAGUGAGGGAAAAGUUUAUUAGCGGACCUGUGACAUUCCUACCCUCGUUCUCGUAUUCAUUCCCUCAUUAUAAGGACAGAUAAGAGAGCUUUUUGGAUACUUUCUGAAGACUUUGUGGAACUUUUGAACGUUGGCAGAGGGCGGCGAGUGAAGAAAAAAGUUUACAUUAGCCGACUCGUGGCACGCCCUCUUUCGCUCGCUCGCUCGCUCUCUCAUUAUAAGGAACAAAUAGCAAAGUUUUUCGGUACUUUUUCAAGACUUUAUCAAACUUUGUGACCUUGUGGAGAGACGAGGGAGUGAAACAGUAUUAGCUUGGUGAGGACUGACAGCUGAAAGGAAGAAAAAAAAAGAAGAAGAAGAAAAAGAAGGUGUUGGUGGUGCUGAAGGUGGUGUUGAGGGUGGUGGUGAUGGUGAUGACAGCGGUGGUGGUGGGGUGAUUCCGUGACUCACCAAUCAUGCAGAAGAACUCGAACGGGUUUGUAUGUGUCUGUGUAUGUGUCGUAGUGUUGUAGGUGGUGGUGGUGGUGGUGGUUCAGCGCGACAAAGCAACACAAGAACACACACCGUAACACAUGAGACACACAUUACAACACACGGAAACACAACUCCCGGCGAUGUUGCGUGACUCUGACGUAAUAUAACAACAUAUGAGGUAUUACCAAACAGGUUCUCCGUCUCGUCUACACGUGUCCUGCUGAAGAGAGCGUCCAGAGAGGGUCCAGAUCAGACUCCAAACCUCCAGUGAAGAGUCCAGAGAUUGACAUAGAAGAGUACACUGAAGAAGAGAGUCCAGAAGAGUCCAGGGAAAGAGCCGAGACAGUCCAGUGCAUCGUCCAGAGAGAGUCGAGGGAGAGUGAGAGGGAGUCCAAAGCAGGUCCACAGAAGAGUCCAGAGAAGCGAAUGGAAGGACAGUAAAGAGAAACGGUCAAAAAGGGAGUCCAGAAAUAGUCCAACGAAAGUCCACGGAAGCGAAUCGAAAGAGAAACAGUCCACAGACCCAAAAAAGUGAAUACACAGAAAGAGAGUCCACUGAAGAAGAAGUCCAAGAGAAAGUCCAAAGAAGAGGAAAUCCAAGUUCAGAGUCCGAGUCCAAAGAAGUCCCAGAGAGUCCACGGAAGAAGUCCAAGAGAGUCCAAAGAAGAAGUUGAAGUCCAGAGUCCGAGUGCAAAGAAGCGGAUACAUAGAAAAGUUCAGAAGAGCCUUAAGACGGUCCAAAGAAGAGGUCCAAAGAGCAGAGAAGAGAGUCCAGAAGGUUCAGAAAAGCGAGUCCACGUCCAAAGUGCCAAAGAGAUCAGUGAACUGUGACAAAAGAACAUCGCCUUCCUCUUCGCCUUCAUCCACUCCUUCAGGUCCCGUCUCGUUACCUCCUACCCCCCCCCCUCCCCCCCCUUCUCCGGUAGCGUCGAGGACCUGUCUCCGAUUCUUCUAACCUGCCCCGAUCUGCCCCGACCUGCCCCGAUCUCGCCCCGCUCCAUGGACACACCGAAACCAACCCACAUAACCCCAACGCACCAGCACCGUCACCCCCAGCACCCCCACCACCACCACCCCCGCCAUGUUACCGCACGCGAAGGAGGGGGUGAGUGAGGAGGUUGUGGGGGGGCCGGAAAGGGUGCCAUUGGGUUGUAACUGUGGGAGCGCGUUGGACGUAGCCAUGACCGACACGCUGAUGCAGGUGGAGUGCGAGGCGAACGUGACCUGUACCGACCUGAGCAAUGUCCCCGGAGCCACCAUUGUGUCCCCCAUCCUGCUGUCCCUGAGCGGCGUGGCGGGUCAGAUCUGGGCGCUGUACUACCUCUACACAAGCACGCGGCCCCAGCACUCCCGGACCGUGUUCUUCCUCCUCCUCAGCACUUUGAUAUGGACGGACCUGUUCGGGAAGGUGAUCACGACAACACCUGCCCUGAUCGCCUACGUUUACGGUGGCUGGGCUGGCGGGAAGCCGCUAUGCAACUUCCACGCCUUCUCCAUGAUGCUGAUAAGCCUGGUCACGCAUUUCCUCGUCUCCACCAUGGCCGUCGAGCGCUUCAUCGGCAUCAGACACGGCUACUUCUACAACAAGAACAUCACCACCACCAGGACCAAGUUGCUACUACUGGGGAUCUGGGUGUUCUCAGCCGUGUUCUGCAGCAUGCCUCUCUUCGGCGUGGGCCAGUACGCUCUCCAAUACCCCGGCUCCUGGUGCUUCGUCAACAUCCACGUCAGCGCCGCUUCGCCCAUGCUGCACCGCGUCUACACCAACGUCUUCGGCCUCUUCACGCUGGCCAACCUCCUCAUCAUGGCCGUCUGCAACAUCGUCGUCAUUACCACCCUUCUGUGCCUGCGCCUGUGUCGUCAGCAGUGUUGUGGCGUCAGCUUCUGUCAGCCCCAGCGAACCAACCGUCAGAGGGAGCUGGAAAUGCAGAUGGUGGUGGUUCUGGUCGUCAUUACCAUGGUGUUCCUCCUCUCCUGGACGCCCAUUGAUAUUCGACUAUUCCUGAACCAAAUUUGGCCACACCAGACCCGCGCCGAUCACUACCAAGACUUGAUUGCUGUUCGCCUCACCUCGAUCAACCAAAUUAUUGACCCGUGGGCCUACAUCAUCUGCAGGAAGGUGUUCGUGACGAGAGCGUGGCGGUGGAUGCGUCUCUCCCUCAUGGGCUCACGCUUCCUGGGCCGCGAGAAUUCCAGUCACCCGGGCAGCUCCAAGAGGACGCCGCGGCCCCCGGAGAAGCCCAUCUACCGGCCCACGUAUAAAGGAGUGGAGGACGACGUCAACGGGGCCAUGGAGAAGGGGGUCGUGGUGAUGGUGGAAAAGGAAGCCCUUCUCCCCGCCCCGCCCCCCGUCGUAGUCCCCCCGCCGCCCCACGACCCCCUCCUGAUGGCCGGGCUGGUGGAGGGCGUGGACACGGGCGUGGGGUUGACGAAGGAGGCGCAGGAUGGCUUCAGGGAUUCCGGGACUGGCUCACACAACACGCCCUCCACUGGCUGUAGCGACUCUGGAACCGCGAAUUGUAGCAUGCAUCUUCCUGCCCCCACAGAGGACAACAACGUGGUGCCAAUCCCGGUGUUCACGUCGCAGCAGUACCGCAUGUGUGCCGUCGAGGAGCUGAAGGAUCACGCCAGACUCAAACGCAUCACCUCCUCCGCCUCCGCCCGCGCCGCCCCCGCCUCCAGACCCGCCGCCCGGAGCACCUACGACGCGCCAGACACCCCGCCGGGCAGCUGGGCAUCGUGGGCCGGAACACAGGGGCGCCGACACUCCUGGUGCUGCCCACACGACGGGGCGGAUGGCAAGCAGUACCGUACCCAGAGCACCCAGACCUUCAAACCCGACACCCACACCCAUCACCACCACCACCACCACCUCCACCCACACUACCAGUACACCCACUACCUCCUCCCGCCCUCCUGCCAUCAGUAUACGCCCCAGGACCCUCGUCGGCUCUGCCCCGAUCACUGUACCGAGGCGACCGAGGCUGUGUUUACUGUAGGUGACACUGUGAGCCGGUUAAUGGAUGGCCGUGGUGCUGGUGCUGCUGUUGCGGGGAGUGGGGAGUACCUCAGGGGGAGUUGUGGGCCUGGGGAGUCGCGGCAGAGGAGUAGUUAGGCCGUGGUGGUGUGGUGGGAGGGUGAGGAAGGGGUGUUGGUGGUUGUGAGAUGCAGGGAUGGACAUUUGAAGGGAAGGGAUUGGGGAGGUAAACAGUACUAAGUUUCCCCUCUCCCUCCCUCUGGCUCUUUCCUCGUGAAGGGGGAAAGAGGGAGAGUGACAGAAACAAGGAAAAGAGGAAAGACAUUGAGGUGAGGAAAGAAGGAGGGGAUAGGAAAGAGAAAGGAGUGUGACAGAGCAAAGGAAAGAAGGAAGGAGGGAGGAAAAAAGAAAGGAAAGAAAGGAAGGAAAGACAUACGAUAGCAGGAUUACCAGUGAAGGAAGGAAGGAGGAGGAGGAGAAGGCAAAAAUGAAUGAAAGGUAUGUGAAGGAUGAUGUACGAUUUCCAGUGAAGGAGGAAAAAGAGACGAGUGAAAUAGGAAAGAAAGAAAAGAAGAAACGAUAGGUUGGAAGGAUGAAUGGAAAGAAGAAAGGAAAAAGGAAAAGAAAGAAAAGAGGGAAAGACGGAAAGAAAGGAAAGAAGAGAAAGAAAGAGGGAAGGAAAGAGAGAGAAAGGCAGCACACAUACAAAAGCACAAAGAGUUACGGUGCAGGAUAAAAAUAAGAAAGAAAAAAAUGGCAUAGUCUGUCCUCAAAGGUGAUAACUGAUGACCGACUGAAGAAUGAAACCUCCGAGUGUGAAAAAGGAUGACCACAAACAAUGACUUCCUCGAGGUGGCAAAACUGAUGACCAAGAGAGAGAAAAAAAAAGAGAAAAAACGAUUUGCUGAUAAGAUUGAAAACUGAUGGUCGAUAAAAAAAAUACUAGAAUUGAGGGAAGGGAAAAAAAGGGUGAUUUAGUGUGAAGAUAUGGCAUGAAAAAUAUAUAAAAAAGACAAGUGUGCAUAUAUACAAAUAGACAAACAAAUGAAUAUGUAAAAGGUUUGCUCUGUCUGUCUGAUCCAGUAUGAAAAAGUGUGACGCCGUGAAAAAAAAUUGAAAAAAGCGAAAAAAAUGGGAAAAUAAAAAGUGAAAAAGUGUAGAAAAGUGAGACAGUGAAAUAGUGAAAGUGUAAAAAAAGUUUGAAAAUAUUUUGGGAACUGCAAAGUGACGCUCGCUCUCUGGAUAACAAACUAGAAAAUAUAUGAAAGUCAGUCUCCUUCCGUCUGUAUGCCUGCUCUCCACCUACCCACCUAUCCACCUAUCCACCCACCUUUUUUUACAGUAGAGGAAACAGUUCAAGGGCAAAGAAAAGGAAACAAUAAUGGAAAACAAAGCCCACUACUCACUGCUCCUACAAAAAAGUCAAGAGGAGUGGCCGAAAGAUAGGUCAGUUUCGGGAGGACCCAAUGCCAAUGAACUUUGCUAUUCGUAUGUGUGGUGUGGGUCUUGUGUGUGUCUGUGUGUGUGUGUGUGUGUGUGUACCAACAAGAUGUACAAAUUUACGUGUUUAAGGCACAUAACAGAUCACAGUCAUAUAUGUAUAGAUUUAUUUACACGAAAUAUACAUAAAAAAAUAAAUCAACUUGAAAUUCUCACCGGUGAACGCACGAUAAAAAUGCUAAAAAAAAUAUGUUGAUAACUCUUUCGAAUUGUUUAGACGAGAGGAAGAAAAAGAGACACAGAGGAAAAAUGAUUAUAAUAAGAGUGUUUAGAGUGACUUGGAGCUGCAGGGAAAAAAAGUGCAAGAAAAAUGGUGCUCUAUAGAGAAGGUUCCAGUCCAUGAUAGAACAGAGAAAGAAAGAAAGAAAGAAAGAAAGAAAAAUGGUGCUGUUAAGACAAGGUUUCAGCCAUUGAUAGAGUAAAGAAAGAAAAGAAAGAAAGAAAACAACGAAGCAACAAAGUCUGUCCCAAAAUCAACUUACGUCUCGAAACUUAAAAAAAAAAAAAAAAAAAAACUUUAAAUACACUACGAUGGCCAAAGAGGAAGUGCAUAGUUGUAUAGUUUUACGUAUGUAUGUAUGUAUGUAUGUAUGUAUAUGUAUGUACUUGUAUAUAUAUAAAACUAUGAUCGUAUGUGA